AGAAGAGCGGCUGUCUGAGCCCCGCCCUUUGACUCACCUCGUUUAGAUGUAUUUUUUGUGUUACUGGUUUGUUUAUGACGCGGUUCACUGGCCCCGUUAGCUUGACAGUUGUCCAAGUGUACGCUGUUGUUAUAAAAACGCGCCUUUCGAUGUCUGCUCUCCUGUUAGGUACUGCACCGUUUACGGGAGAGAUUUAAAACAGUGCAGAAAAGCUAGUUAGCACUAGGCGUUGGUCAAUCGUAGGACCAGAUUACAUUUGUUAGCCUAGCAUUUGGGCUAGCGUACUGUAACGUUAUGACGUGACGCUGGGCAGGAAAGUGGUUGUUGGACGACACCUGGGCCAAGUGCUUUACAUUAAAAGAUAAAUCUGGAGAAAGCAGCGGAGGGAGAGGGUCGGGCACAUGCGCGUAACGCCUCCACUCGCAGGUUAGGCUUUUAGACAGCUGCCUGGCGACGAACUUUGACGAGCUAGCGGGCUAAAUUCGCGUUAGCAUGGCGUCAGAUACAAGUGACACCGAGGAAUUCUUUGAUGCUCCCGAGGACGUUAAUUUCACGCCAUCUCCAAAAGUGUCACCUGCAAAGUUUGUCAUUCCUUCACCCAAGCUUUCGCAGAGGUCAGUAAACGCUGCACAAGAUGUGAGCUGUGGAGUGGCUGCAUCAGAGACUCAACAAGAUGAUUCCCUACUGAUCAUUGAUAGCAUCAUCGAGGAGAGUCAGAAGGGAAGUGCCGCCGAUGUUGGUGAGGUGGCCCAGCUGUUAGAUCAGCUACAUGUCGAUGUUAGAGCAGACCCGGAGCCACAGGAAGAAAAUAAUGCUCAGGAAGUUCGUGCGGAGUCAGCAGCAUCAGCCCUCGAACCUCAGCUUGCUGAGAGGCCAGAGGAAAGUGCCGCAACAAACAGAGCGUGUUCCAUACCUGCCCCUGAACCCACAGAAUCUCCAGGCCCAUCAAUUGGGCCGCAAGAAGGUGUUCAGCCCCCAGACAUCACAAGCACUGUAGGACAGAGUCAGCCGGGUGGGGCUGUUGCAGUUGCAGAAGAGGGUCAGGAGCAAAGGCCUGCAGACAUCUUAGAUCAGAUCCCACUCACAGACAGUCAGGCUGAUUCGGACUCCUCUGGGCCUUCAAAACCCCCACGUCAGUUCACAGUGGAACCAGACAUUGUAGCCAGCACCAAGAAGCCUCCUCCCUCACGCCCACCCCCGCCCAGUGGAGGUCCUCCACCAAGACCGCCUCCACCCUCUUGGCAGAGUCUGCCUUCCAGGAAGUCGCAGGAGUGUCUGAGGCUGAGUGGACUUGAAGUGUCUGCGGUCAGUGGCGAUGCACUGGAGCCCUCCGGCCUGGUGUCCCCUAGCAGCACAGUGAGGAGUCUAACCAAAGAGCUGCAGCAUUCCCUGGAUCUUGCCAGCGCCACAAGUGGGGACAAAGUGGUGACGGCACAGGAAAAUGAGGAUGAACAGGCCUCGUCUGAGAGCGGAGGACAAACUCCAGGCCCUCAGCGUCCGCGCUCUAACUCUGGUAGAGAACUGACAGACGAAGAAAUCCUGGCCAGUGUGAUGAUCAAGAAUCUGGACACCGGGGAAGAGAUCCCUCUAAUCCAGGCAGAGGAGAAACUUCCUGCAGGGAUUAACCCCCUCACUCUGCACAUAAUGAGGAGGACCAAGGAGUACAUCACGAAUGACGCAGCACAGUCAGAUGAUGAUGACAAGUCUCAGCCUCCACUGACAGACACUGACGGUGGAAAACUGAAACAAAAAACAACCCAGUUUAAGAAAUUCCUCGGCAAGUCUGUGAAGAAAGCCAAGCAUCUCGCUGAGGAGUAUGGAGAGAAGGCAGUCAACAAAGUGAAAAGUGUGCGCGAUGAAGUGUUCCAUACAGAUCAGGAAGAUCCGUCAUCGAGCGACGAUGAGGGCAUGCCUUACACGAGGCAGGCUAAGUUCAAGGCAGCACACAGCUUCAAGGGCCCCUUUGACUUUGAUCAGAUUAAGGUGGUGCAGGACCUGAGUGGAGAGCACAUGGGCGCCGUUUGGACGAUGAAGUUCUCUCACUGCGGGAGGCUGCUGGCAACUGCUGGCCAAGAUAAUGUGGUCCGCAUCUGGGUCUUAAAGACUGCCUUCGACUACUUCAAUAACAUGAGAUUAAAGUACAACACUGAAGGUCGAGUUUCACCUUCUCCUUCUCAGGAAAGUUUAUGCUCUUCAAAAUCCGAUGAUCCCGGGGCAAGUUGUAUUCCCGAAGACCCAGAGACAGAAGAUAGAAAUGCCCCUUUUCGUCAAGUCCCAUUCUGCAAGUAUAAAGGUCAUACGGCUGAUCUGUUGGACUUAUCAUGGUCAAAGAACUUUUUCCUGCUCUCCUCCUCCAUGGAUAAAACAGUCCGAUUAUGGCACAUAUCCAGGAGAGAGUGUCUCUGCUGCUUUCAGCACAUUGACUUCGUCACAGCCAUUGCGUUCCAUCCCAGAGAUGACAGAUACUUUUUAAGCGGCUCUCUGGAUGGAAAGCUACGGCUCUGGAACAUUCCGGACAAGAAGGUGGCGCUGUGGAACGAGGUGGACGGCCAAACACGCCUCAUCACUGCAGCUAACUUCUGCCAAAAUGGGAAGUACGCUGUCAUCGGCACCUAUGAUGGACGAUGCAUCUUCUAUGACACAGAGCGUCUGAAAUACCACACUCAGAUUCACGUGAGGUCCACCAGAGGCAGAAACAAAGUUGGACGCAAAAUCACCGGCAUUGAACCUUUACCUGGAGAGAAUAAGAUUCUGGUGACCUCAAAUGAUUCCCGCAUUCGCCUUUAUGACCUGAGGGACUUGUCUCUAUCCAUGAAAUACAAAGGUUAUGUCAACAGCAGCAGUCAGAUCAAGGCGAGCUUCAGUCAUGACUACUCCUUCAUAGUCAGUGGAUCAGAGGAUAAGUACGUGUACAUCUGGAGCACUUACCAUGACCUUAGCAAAUUCACAUCAGUACGACGGGACCGCAAUGACUUCUGGGAGGGGAUUAAAGCACACAAUGCGGUGGUCACCUCAGCGAUCUUUGCACCCCACCCCGGCCUUAUUGUUCCACAAGAAACUGGAGCAGAGAAACCAGAAGCAGAAUGCAAGAGCCUGGACUCGGAAGACUCUGAAACGAUACCCUCAGGAGCCCUUAAGACAGAUCACACUGAGGUUCUACUCUCUGCUGACUUCACUGGAGCAAUCAAGGUUUUUAUCAAUGUAAAAAAGUACUGAGCACUUGAGAGGCUGUCAUCUCCUCACAUCCAGGCCUUUCUGUCGGAGUUCAGUCCUGCAGCUGAAGGACAGCCCGUCAAGAGCCAUCCAACGCUACCCACUGGCUAACGCUCCGAGUCGAAGAGCCGUCUGUAGCUUUUUUUUUUUUCGGGAGAACAGGGACCUUAAAAUAGAAGAUGAGGGAAAAGGGUGGAAGGACUGUAAAAACAGACGAGGUGUUAUUUACUGUCACGUUUCUAUUUUUUAUCUUUAAUACCAAGCAACUGUGAAUGGUUUGGCAUUAAGAGAAAAAAAGAGCCAGAAUGCCAAGUGUGUGUGGUUUGAGCAGAACUGACAUCUGUUCGUGUAAAUUUACAGCUGUAUGGGUAUAGCUAGAAAGGCUAUUUGUAACAGUAUGAGCACCUUACUACUUUCUUUUGCUCCCAUAUUUCAGAAGAAUUUCCUCUUAGUAGUGCAAGACACUGUCCUAAUGUCAGUCACAGAUUUUAAAUGUGUCAUGUGUAAAGAGGUGUUACCAUUUGUCCUGAAAGCAAGGUGGUUUGAAAUGUUAUUUACGAGUUAUUUGUGCCUACAGAAUCUAGACCGCUUUUCUAAAAUUUCAACUUCUGAAGCUUUCGUCUCAAAGUCUGUCAAACAUUUCAGUAGAUCUGUCUACGGUUACUAAUGGUUAGGGCUGGGUAUCUUAUUUUUUUCAGAAACAAUACUGGCUCUUAAGUACUUUUGAUAAACUUUUGUUCAAUGAAAGCACAUUUCAUUAUAAUAUUAGUACUGUAAAUCUAGUGUUUAACAUUGCGUACUUACUGCUUUUGUAAACAGAACCAAAUGCUCUAUUAAUUUCCUCAAUAAAAAUCCCCACAAACUUGAA